UCAGCCUUUCACCGUUUCGCGCUCCUUGGAGAGUUCCGCCUCUUCCCCCGAGCCCGCCACCCAGAGCCCUCCGUGCGCUCAGACCCCGCCUCUUACGGAAGCCGAGGCGGAGGGUUGAAAUCCGGAAGAAAAACAAUCGGGAGAGGGAGCUGGCCGGCUGCACCUGCUGCCCGAGGGGGGCCGAUCGGGCCAGGACAGACUGCCGCGGGGAGACGCGAGCCGGCCAGGCCACCGCGUGGGGACGAUGGCGGCCAUGAACCCACAGACCGAGCUGAGAGUCAGGACGCUCAGCAUACAUGUCGUGACAUGGAACGUGGCCUCUGCAGCACCCCCUCCAGACCUCAGUGAUCUGCUUCAGCUGAACAACCUGAACCUGAAUCUGGACGUGUAUGUCAUUGGUUUGCAGGAAAUGAACUGUGGGAUCAUGAGCCUCCUUUCUGACACUGCCUUUGAAGACCCAUGGAGCAGUUUCUUCAUGGAUGUGCUUUCCCCUCUGAGCUUCGUCAAGGUCUCCAGUGUCCGCAUGCAGGGGCUCCUCUUACUGAUCUUUGCCAAGUAUCAGCAUUUGCCCUUUAUCCAGAUCCUCUCUACUAAAUCCACCCCCACUGGCCUCUUCGGGUACUGGGGGAACAAAGGGGGCAUCAACAUCUUCCUGAAGUUUUACGGCUACUAUGUCAGCAUCAUCAACUGCCACCUGCCCCCCCACAUGGCCAACAAUGACCAGCGGCUGGAACACUUUGACCGGAUCCUGGAGAUGCAGAAUUUUGAGGCACAGGAUAUCCCCAACAUCCUGGACCACGACCUCAUUCUCUGGUUUGGAGACAUGAACUUUCGGAUUGAGGACUUUGGGUUGCACUUUGUUCGGGAAUCCAUAAAAAAUCAGUGCUACAGUGACCUGUGGGAGAAGGAUCAGCUCAGCAUUGCCAAGAGACACGACCUGCUGCUCCGGGAGUUCCAGGAGGGCCCCCUGCUCUUCCCGCCCACCUACAAGUUUGAUAAGAACUCCAACAACUAUGACACCAGUGAGAAAAAGCGCAAGCCCGCGUGGACCGACCGCAUCCUGUGGAGGCUGAAGCGGCAGCCCCAGGCCGCCGUCCACACCCCGAGGCUGUCAGCCCCCCACUUCACCCUGUUUCCAAGGAGCUACGUCAGCCACAUGCUGUACAGCAUCAGUGACCAUAAGCCUGUCACUAGCACCUUUGACUUGGAGCUGAAGCCAUUGGUAUCUGCCCCACUGAUCACCCUGCUGCCCGAGAGCCCGUGCACCGAGGAGAGCGACCUGCUGAUCAGCUACUCCCUGACCGCAGACUUCCUCAGCAGCCCCUGGGACUGGAUUGGCCUGUACAAGGUGGGGCUGCGCCACAUUAAUGACUACGUGUCGUAUGUCUGGGUCAGGGACAACCAGGUCUCCUUCAGCGACGGGCUGAAUCAGGUGUACAUCGACAUUAGUGACAUCCCUGAGACUGAGGAUCAGUUUCUCCUUUUUUACUAUAGCAACAACCUACAUUCUGUGGUGGGGAUAAGCAAACCCUUCAAGAUCCAGCCUCGCUCCUUCUUGGCGGAGGGCCCCCUGGAUGAAGCCCAACCACAGAUCUGAGCCGGGAUAGAGUGAAUCCAGGGCAGAGGCUGGAGCUGGCAGCCAGCUCUGCCUACCACUGCCAGGAGUGCUGGGGGCCCAGCCCGGCCCCCUGAGGAGGCAGCGGUAUCCUCCACCUCCCAGGGGGACCUCUAGCCACACUCCUUUGCUCUCUCCAGUCCAGAUCUCUGGAAUCGGCCCCUUAAAUACAGGUUUUUUUUGCUGAGGUGUGAGUGAAACCAGCUAGUUUGUCAACAGUGAAGAUCUAGACAGUCCACUGGAUGUGGGAAGGACCCUCUGGCCUGCAUCUCAUUUCUUGAUUUCCCCCACACACACUUCCAGCCCCGCCCAAGCAGGCCUGCCAGGCACAUGCCCCAUCUGGCACAGGCCUGCAUUCUUGUCACGCCACCCUGGGCCUUAGGCUGCCUGGGAGGGGGAGAUGCUCCCAUUUGUACAGGCUGCGGAGACUGGUUGGCCCACAUAGCACUGGGUUCCAGGAGUCUUGGCAUCUUGUUGCCUGUCCCCCUGAGGGGUGGGCAGAGGAUCUGGGAUCCCUGCUUUCAGCAGAAGCAGAUGACUAAGUAGGCAGGACGGAGGAGCCCUCCACCCAGGCUCUUCUGUAGGGGUUGUGGGCAGGCUGAUGUGUGUCCUUCUGCCAGCAGCACACACACCCCACCCCCACCCCUGACUCAAGGAGUCCAACUCAGGAAGUUCCAGGGUCUGAGCAGAGGACUGGACCCAGGUUCGCUUCUGCUAGUGGGUCAGGCUCCAUGCCCCCAACCUGCCCUCUUGUGAAGGGCUGGCAGGUGGUAGAGGACCUAUGGCCACAGACUUUUCCAGGGUGGUCCUUGCCCCGUCCAGGUCGUCUGCCCCUACCCUCGCCUGCCAUCACAGGCCAGAAACCUGCCCUUUGUCUAGACCACUCUGGGACCUAGAAGUGGGGGCAGGCGGAGAGGAGAGUCAGAAUCAAGAUGUUCUGGAGAAUCUGGCCCGGGGGUCUUCAGAGAGCAUUCUCCAGCUGCUGUGUGGACACGGCCCGGCCCCACUCCCACCAUUUGCCUCCAGCCGCCGUUGACUCUACAGCCUGUUUCCAAGGAGAAGACACCUCAGGGAGCCUGCUCUGUGACUCUUAACACCCAGCCUAUGACCUGAGACUGAGGGACACUCCAGUUGCUCUGCAUUCCUACUUCACCCUGGGAGCCAUCAGGAACUGUCCCUCUGGCUUCUAGCAGGCCAUGGCCGUCUGUGUUCUGUGGCUGUUGCAUUGGGGGAUAAUUAGAAACAUGGCUUUUACA